AUGUAUUCGAGAUCUGGUCGAUAUCAAUCCAUAUGUUUUACUUCAGGCUGUAGUAAUACCAGACUUGAUUUGGUCUUUGUGUUGGAUGCCUCUACCAGUGUAACUGAACCCAAUUUUAAACUGAUGCUAGAUUUCUUGAAAGACUUUCUACAAGUUGCUAAUAUUGACGGCGGUAAUGUAAGAGUGGGUGUAGUUAUUUACAGUACAGAGGUCCACAUGCAGUUUCAAAUGAACCAAUAUAGGACAAAACAACAAGUGUUUGAUGCUAUAGAUAACAUUCCAUACAGAUUCGGUAGUACUAACACAGCGGAUGGACUUCGGACAAUGCAUGAGGAAAUGUUUACUCGACAAAAUGGUGAUCGACCUAACGUUGAUAAUAUUUGUAUUCUCGUGACUGAUGGUGUUUCAAAUAUCAAUUCCCGAAGAACUGUGCCAGAAGCUGUUGCUGCUAGAAAUAAAAACAUCCAUCUUUAUGUUAUUGGCAUCGGGUUGACUGAUACUCGGGAAGUUGACCAAAUUGCUACACCACCGGUGGAAGAAAACAGAUUCAUAGUACAGGAGUUUGAUGAAUUGAGAGCUCUUCGAGAUAAAGUCUUUUCAUCGCUGUAUAAUAAAAACUGUCUUGUAUAUUAUCUUUUAUAUUUUUUUGUAGCUCCCGAUCCUAUUCCUAUCACACUUCCUCCUCCCAAGGAAAUUGGAAGCUGUAGUAAUACCAGACUUGAUUUGGUCUUUGUGUUGGAUGCCUCUACCAGUGUAACUGAACCCAAUUUUAAACUGAUGCUAGAUUUCUUGAAAGACUUCCUACAAGUUGCUAAUAUUGACGGCGGUAAUGUAAGAGUGGGUGUAGUUAUUUACAGUACAGAGGUCCACAUGCAGUUUCAAAUGAACCAGUAUAGGACAAAACAACAAGUGUUUGAUGCUAUAGAUAACAUUCCAUACAGAUAUGGAAGUACUAACACAGCUGAUGGGCUCCGGACAAUGCAUGAGGAAAUGUUUACUCGAAAAAAUGGUGAUCGACCUAACGUUGAUAAUAUUUGUAUUCUCGUGACUGAUGGUGUUUCAAAUAUCAAUUCCCGAAGAACUGUACCAGAAGCUGUUGCUGCUAGAAAUAAAAACAUCCAUCUUUAUGUUAUUGGUAUCGGGUUGACUGAUACUCGAGAAGUUGACCAAAUUGCUACACCACCUAUUGAAGAAAACAGAUUUAUAGUACAGGAGUUUGAUGAAUUGAGAGCUCUUCGAGAUAAAGUCUUUUCAUCUUUGUGCAUAUCUCCUGAUCCAACUCCUAUUCCCAUCACUCGUCCUCCUCCUAAAGAAUCAAGAACAUCGCCACCAACCUUACCACCACCAACGACCAGUAAGUAG